UUCCCUUUGAGUGUAUUAUAAUUUUGUGAUAAAAAUUUCAAGGAAAAAACACACACAACCUCCUUCCUCCCCUUCCUUCGGGGAGGGAAGAGUGAGCGUGAAGAGAAAAAUCUAUCUGAGACAGAGCAAGGACAGUGAGAAAAAUAUAUGAGUGGGAGAGGGAGAAGAAGAAGAAGAAGGAGGAGGAGGAGGAGGAGGAGGGGGAGCAAAUUAAAAGUUGCCAAAUGGAGAUAUUGGGUUUCAAGAGGAGUGAGAAAGGAGUGUCAUGGAUGAUGAAGACGAUCGUCGUCUUCUGGAUUUUAUAGGAGAUGUGCAAGCUUUGAAUGACUAUCUUCAUGGUUCCAAUAGCAAGUCGAUAGAGGAGGAUGACCUAACAAAUGCAACUUAUGGGUCAGCAAGCUCCUUUUUUACAAGUGACACGGGUGGCACAGAUGAAGGGAUUAAAGAUGGCCACAAUCACUUGGAAGAGUUUGAUGAGGCUAGUGAUACUGGACUUCAGCUCUCCAGUAGUCUUCAGUUUAUUGAAGAUGAGCUUGAGGGGGGAGUCUCUCCCAGUGAGGUUGAUCUUGGUGGUGAGGACCAACCAUUUGACAUUCUCCAGAAGUCUUUGCUGGAGGCAGAUAUCACAGAGCAGACACUGGCUCAAGAAGCCUUGUUGGACUCCCAGCCAUCUUUAGCCCCUGCCAAUACCACCUUCUCUCAGCAGCUGGUCUCUGGGGGAUUUGGAGGAGUUUCGGGAGCUGGAGUGGUGGCCCCAAUGCCCCUUUCUGGGGUACAACCUCAGGCUUUUAUCCAGCAAAUUCCCCAGCUGCCAUUGCCAAAUGGACCAGCAGGACAUAUUCAGUUAGUGGGUUCCUUUAAUGGAAGUGCCCCCUCCAUGAUGACUAUCAACAGCCUAGAGCGGCCUCAGAUCCUGUUGAGGCCUAGUGCAAAUACAGUGGCCAGCAGUACUGGGCAGAGUACAGCUUUUGCUCCUUCUGCACCUGGUCAGGUGUCUGUUCCCUUUAAUAAAGGGGCAAUACCACUGCAGAAUAUUAUAAUUCAAAGAAGCCCUGCACCACAGACGUUGGUGAGACCCAUUCAGCCUAAACCCCUUCAGACAGGUGGACAAACCGUGUACAAUAUCAGCAACUUAGGGAUCCAACCUAAUACGACCACUACGGCAAGUCCAGCCAAUGGUUCUCCACAGACAACUCAACAGGUAAAAGUAGUUAGUCAAGCCACCAGCAUUGUAGUGCAUUCUCCUUUAGGACAGCAAGGACAGCCACAGGCCCAGUCUAGUCUUCCACCGGGCCAGUUUUUGCUACCCAGUUCUCUAGCCCUCACCACUGGCAGUACCGUUCAUGGCUUCCAGGCAGUGAAUGGUCAGGUGCUUCAAACCAAAACACAAGUCAGUGACCCAUCCUUAACUAGCACUACCUACUCCAUUUUGACAAAUCAGAACACAGCUGUGCAGAUUAUUGCUGGGCAGAAUUUUGCAGCUGGGGGGCAGCUGAUAGUGAACCAGGGUGUGGUUAGUACAGGUCAGAUAGGCCAAGUGUCUCCUACUGCAGUAAUGCAGAUCUCCCAGAGGCCUGGUGUCGCAGCCAAAGUUUGGACUGCCAGCACAUCACCCAAUCCAGCUGCUUUACCGACCUCCCAGGUCCCAAGUCGUCUCACGUUGGUUAACUCAGCAGCCCAGGGCGUCCAGACUCACCAGCAGAUAUCUGUCAGCCCAGGACAGCAGCUUUUAGUGCCUCUGGCACAGAACACCACAAGCUCUUCACACAUUGCACUUCAAGAGCUACAGUUUGAAAAACAGCAGGUUCACCAGGAUUCCACAUUACCAACACAGAAAGGACAGACUCAGUUGGUUAAUCUUCUUGGUACCAAAGGUGUAAAAACUCCUGCUAACCAGGAAUCUCUUCUCACAACCACCCCCAAAAGACCUGCAAAUCAACAGCUUAGCAGAGGAGGAAUGGUUCUCCAGCAGCUAAGAAGGGAUCAUACCGGAGUCAUGUCUCCAGACCGUACACCCUUCACUUCACUAAAUGAUGUCAUUGACAGAUUGCUGCCCUAUCAUGUGUUCCAAGGAGCACCACCCUGUGAGGAGGAUUUUACCAAAGUGGAUGAAGAAUUUCAGACAGUUGCUACGCAAGUGUUGAAGAGGACACAGUCUAUGGUGAAUAAAUACAGGCGUUUGCUCAUGGUGGAGGCUGAGCGGUCCAGCCCAUCAUCAGAAAUAGUGAUGAUUGACAGGACAUUCAACCAGGAAGAGCGGAGCAACCUGACUCAAGACAAACGGAUGGUACUUGUAGACCCAGAUGGCUUCCUAGAAGACUUCUGUUGUGGGCCUAAGAUAUUAACUUCAAGCUCAGGGGCCAUGGAUACAAUUGGCCAUGAAGGGAUCCCCAGUUUAAUGGGGACAGCUCCCAGCCAAGACACGACAUACACAGGGGAAGGUGAAGAAGGGAGGGGUGGCUAUAUAGAACCUGAUUACAGGACAGAAUCCUACUCGGCUUUUGAGGAUUCAGGGGGAGGGGACCAGGGAGAACAUGGAGAGACUGCCAUAAAGAUCACCCUAAACCUGAAGAAAAAGAGGUCCAAUAAUGUCAUCAGUAGCAGCAGCAGUCAUCACCAUCAAUGCCUUCACCCUGCUCCAUACUCCGCAUCUCCUAGCCACUCCCAACACAGCUCUGCCCAGCUCUGUACCCCUGAACAACCCUUAUCCUUAGAUCACAGUCAAGUCUCACUGUCUGACACAGACUCUGUUCUUGAAGCUGCAGUGAAUAGCAUAUUAGAAUGUUAGUGCCAUUUUUUAAAAUAACGUGUUUGACAUAUCGUAUUUUAUACCAUCACAAUGGCUAUGUGAGUUGAGUUCCAUGAAAUAAGAUAUUGGAGGAUGCACUUGUGCAAAACAAAGCUUUGUGCAGUGUCCCUUUAGGUGUGUGAAAAGCAGGGAAGAGUAAAAUAAGAUUGAUUUUGGUGAUGUUCUACUGUGCCUAUUGUUCUGGAAACGUUUACAUGAGAAAGCGUUGUUUGCGUGCGUGCACUCCCACACACCCAUGAUUUUGUAAGGUUCAUGUUUGAAAAGUCCAGGUUGAAUAUUAGAGAGAGCGAGCGAGAGAGAUAGAUAUCUUAAAUCAAUUUUGAAAGUCCCUGCUAUUGGAAUUGCUUUUCCAGCAUCUAACUGAGGGUACUCUUGGACUAAAUUAACUGUCCAGGGAGGUCCUUUGUAGAAAAACCAUUUUAGUUCAGGUCUAUGCUUCAUUUGGGUUUGGAAAACCAUCCAUGUGCAAUUCUUGCAAUUACUGCUUCUCCUUUCUGUAGUGAUGGGUUGCUGCAGUAGAUUUUGACCAAAUCAGACACAAAUAUAGGCACAUUUAGUUGAUUUAAAGCAGUAAUAUUUAAUCCCUGCCCAGCAACUGUAUAUAUUUUUUUUGUAUUCUUCCUGAUCUUACACUCCUGAUUAAGCUCAAGAAAGGCUUGGAAGCUGGCUAUUGAGUGAAUAAGGUAGAAACACUAAACUGUGCAGUCCACAUGGGGGGGGGGGUGGGGGCU